UCAUUAAAAGGCAAAAUUGAACGAGUGAAUAUGGAAACCAAAAUAUAUGAUUUAAAUUACUAAAAACAAGCUUAAAUCUUGAAAAAAAUGAACUUCAGACACCUAUGAUCGCAUGUCUCAUGACGAGGCAUUCAAGUGUACAGAGUGCGUCUCUCCACGUAGCUGCCAAGCCCAUACAAAGGAAUCAAUUCAGCAACUCUGAUGAGCGUCUCAAGAUCGAAGCGGUGGAGACUCUAGGGUUUUGCCUCUGCCCCGUCGUUUCCACUGCUACUCUGAGUCCUUCUGAAGUGGCUGUUUGCAUCUCACUCUCAGGCUUUUUCCUUCAUUAGGUUCAUAUUAAUCAUGAAGCGGAGGCGCACUAGAAUCACUGAUCUGAAUGACGAUGUCCUCACGCACAUCAUGUGCUUCGUUGCUGAUUCACCCGAUGGAUCUGUGGAUAUUGCAAAAACUAUCUGUGUAUGUAAAGCGUUUUGGAAGCUUUCUGAGGACCCAAUCGUCCUAAAAUCAUUAGCUUUUGAUGAAGAUAAGCUUGAUGAUUUUACUGGAUUGUUGUGGGAGCCGAACGGCUUGUUGAACCGAAGCGCACAGGCUGGGAACGUGAAAGCUCGGGAGAUCCUAAUUAAGGAUGUGAAUGAAAGGCUGAUGGCGACGACUGUGAGGGCAAGAGCUAUAAAAGUUGCUGAGAAAACUAUGUCACUGAUGAUGAGGGCCUUUGAUACUGUUGUGGCUACGAGGGCAAGAGUGAGGGCGUUUGAAUCAGCCAUCCAGGACAUUGUGGACAUGGUUGAUUCUGUAGAGGUUGAAUGCAAAGAAAUAAUGGAGCAAAUGGGGCGAAUGGGGUACGCUGCAGGUGGCCCCAUUAUUCCAGUUGCUCCUCAUACUGCCUAUGCUGCUUAUGCUGCCUAUGCUGCUUAUGUUCCCGAUGCUCCAGGUGCUCAAGAUGAUCCAAAUGCCCCAGAUGCUCAAGAUGCUGCCGGAGCUCCCCAUGCUCCAGUUGCUGAGAACCUUCUCCCCAGGGAGAACUAAGUUGUAGCUCAGAGUCUAGAAGGACAUUUUAACUUCUGUUUCUAUGUUUAUGGUAGAACAACUUUUUCAAACACACGUUUGUGUGUGUUUUGUCUAGAUGAAUCCCCAGCUACUUUGCUUAAUGUAUAUACUGGGCUUUGGUGUCGACCCACGUGAAUUGCCAUGGCUAAUGCUUUGCAGUAACUUUUUCCGAGCUAACAGCAAAGAAGAAAGUCUCCUGACUUCCAGUUGUUGUGAAAGGUUCAGUUUGGAAACUGGAGAGGAAGAUGGUGGGUUGAACUUUGUAGCUCAGAGACUAAUGAGUAAAUUUUAGCUUUUCUCUUUA